UCAACGAGCCGUCGGAAGUAAACAGAGUUUGGAUGUAGGAGCUAGAUUUUCUUCUCUUCCGUGUUUACAUAUAUGCUGUACGAGACGUAGCGUUUAGUCAAGACUAGCAAGAUGCCUGGAAAUUACCGUCGCCAGAAUACUUAUGACCAUACCAUGGGGAUGACGUAUGACCGUCAGAUAUCCAGAAUGACUACAGCCAGUGCACCAGCUGCCCGAGGGGCUGGUGAGGAAGAUGAGGAGGAGCCAAGCACCAUGUCUAGAGUUGGCAGGAAGAUAAAGACAAGCAUUGCAGACUUCUUUGGUGUUGGAGAAGAAGAUGCCAACAAAUCUCAGCGAUGGAAUAACAGAAGAAUGCGGUUUUAUCGUGGAAAGUUCCGAGAAGACAAGAUGCCAGGAAAGGACCAGGCAGACAGUGAUGAUGUGUUGGGGGAUAUGCCUGCUGUUCCACACGUUUACGAUCCUCUUCGUAAUCCUACUCGACAUAGCGAAUAUUCAUCCAGAAGAACCACUCCCCUCUCCAGCACAAGCACAUAUGCCAGAACAAGGGGUCCUCCAAAAAGACCAAGAAAAGACUCAGUUGUUAAGAUGACUGUUAAAAGUAUCGCUGGUGUUAGGAAGAAGCUACGAGGGAAGCCAAGUGUUCAGCGCCAGAGAAGCUUUGCUCCUGCCAGUCUAGCAGGAGAGUACCCAGACGACCUUUCAGCUAGUAUGAUCUAUCAUUCCUAUGAAGAUGCCUUCAGUCUAGUUGAUGAUGUGUUCUAUGAUGAGCCAGCCAUUAGCCCAGAAAUGAGGAUGGAAAAGAUCGGAGAAGAUGCAGAGAUGGAGAUACACAGUAAAGGAUGGCGACCAGCACAUCGCUACGGUCACCAGAAGAGCCACCAAAUGGAUGAGAGUGUGUCCCACUUUGGAAUGAAAAGAAUUGACAAUGUUGUACGGGAUGACCUUGAAGACCAUGAUAAGCGACAGAUUGGAAUGGGAUUUGUUGGUCGUCUAUUUAACCGUAGCUUCCGUAGCGACCGAUUGAGUUCCUAUGUUAAAUCACAGAUUGAUGACUUUGAUGAUCACAGGCCGUACUUUACCUACUGGGUGACCAUUGUCCAGAUCCUGUGUUUCAUUGUAUCUGUGGCUGUGUAUGGCAUUGCUCCAAUAGGAACAGGAGAAACAGCUGAAACAAAAUAUGUGAUGAUGCCCAACUUAGCUAUAGAGAACAUUCGCUACGUGGAGAAUGACAACUUGUGGAUAGGACCUCGCCAGGCUGAUCUGAUCCAUCUUGGAGCGAAAUAUUCCCCUUGUAUGAGACGUGAUGAGAAUAUUUGGAAUGGGAUAGGGAAGGACCAAGCAGAGGAGGACAGGUCGGGGUGUUGUGUGAGAGAUGAUGGCUCCGGCUGUACCCAGACUGUCAAGGACCUGUGUGAGCCAACAUUAAACACUUUCAUGAAAUGGAACUCAACAAAUCCAGGGAAGGGAGGCUUUGUUGCAGGUGCAGUUUGUGGUCAGGAUCCCAACUAUUGUACCAAACCUGCAUCAGUUCAACCAUUUGUGUGGGACAAGAAUUCUCUAACAAAAUGGCCGUACUGUGAGGAAACAAGUAAACCAUCAAGCAACACGACGGUGGUUAGUGAGGGACGUCACAUGACCUGUGAGAUCAGCGGCCGACCCUGUUGCCAUGGGAUACAGGGAGAGUGUAUGAUAACAACACGAGAACACUGUAACUUUGUCAAGGGCUAUUACCACGAGAACAAAUACUUGUGUGCACAGGCGAGUUGUUUGACACAGAUCUGCGGAAUGAUCCCCUUCUCUGACGAUUUGGCACCAGAUCAGUUCUACAGGUUAUGGACCUCAAUGUUUUUACAUGGAGGAGUUUUCCAUCUGGUGAUCACCAUUGGGUUCCAGUUCCUGAUCAUGAGAGACAUAGAGAAAUUAACAGGCUGUAUAAGGAUGGCAAUUAUAUACGUUGGUAGUGGAAUUGCCGGUAACCUUGCCAGUUCCAUCUUUCUACCUUAUCAUGUAGAGGUUGGACCAGCUGGUGCCCAGUUUGGUAUCCUGGCCUGUCUCCUGGUGGAGGUACUACAGAAUGUACAGAUGCUGAAGCGACCGAUGAUUGCAAUCCUGAAGAUUGGUGGUUUCAUCUUGUUCCUUUUUCUGUUGGGGCUGCUGCCGUGGAUUGACAACUGGGCUCACAUCAGCGGUUUCCUGUUUGGUUUCUUGCUAGCCUUUGCACUUAUACCUUAUGUGUCAUUUGGGCAGUGGGACAGGACAAGGAAGAUCAUUGGAAUUGUGUUGUCACUGGGGGGCGCCAUUGCCCUGUUUAUAACUCUUAUAGUGCUGUUUUAUGUGCUUCCUCUAUAUAACUGUCCUGGCUGUCAGUACUUCAACUGUAUCCCAUUCACCACAAACUUCUGUAAAAACAUGGAGGUGGGCAUUGAUCGGGAGUCCACCUACAGCUCUAACCUCUAACCAAUAUGAAAGCCUCUCUGAUGCCGUCCUUAAUUAUUUAAUACUGCUAUAGAUUACCAUGUCUUAUUUUACAGUCAUAAAUUUUAACGCUGAAUACGCAACAUUUUUUUUUUUUUUUUUUAAAUAUUUAAAUUUAAUCAAUAAAGGAGCUCUGAAAACAACACAAUGCUUUCUGAAAGUGAAGAAAAAUAUUAUGCAGUUGCCAAGAAUUGAACAGUAAAAUUGUGCGUGAAAUUUCAUGGACAUUAUUGAGUUUGAUUAUUUUUUUUAGGAAUUAUUUUAAUCUAGAUCAUUUAAAUCCUGAAUGUUUUCAGUACUUAUCACAUGUAUUAGAUUAUUCUACUUAAAUAAACCAUUAUAUUGUAUGCUGUUCAAUGUCCAUGUUGUUAUUAAUUGGUUAACAUUCACGCUACCAUGUUUGAAUUUAUAGCAUCAUUAUUUGUAGCAAUUUUAAGACCGCACAACUUUAAGUUGGUUAAAUGAACCUCCUUAACAGACAUUAGUCACAAGUACCGUAGGUAAAGCGGUUCAUACCUGUAUGUAGGUAUGGACUUUUAUUGAAGGUCUGUUUUGAAGUUAUUAUAAUUAUCUGUUGCUGGCAUAUGUUAUGUCAUCAUUGUCAUAGUAACUUUUAUACAUAUACAUGUGCCUGCUGUGAUAUUGAAUAUACUCUAACCAUAAAAAAACAGACAAACACAAAAGUUGAAACCAUGAUAAAAAAUAGUUCAGAUCAUGUUCUUUAUACAUCAUAAUUAUCUACCAAAUACUGAAUAGGAAGCUCUACAAAAUCUUAUUGGUAUAUUGAUUUGGUUCACUGAUGAGAAUACUCAACAUUUUAUAGUGCUUAACUAUUUCCAACAUUACCGUAUUUUGAUAAAAAAUGAAUAUAACUAUAAUUUAAUCCAUCUUUAAAUCUGCAUCCUUACAUCAUCUGCCAUAUCGUUAGAUACAGUUUAUUUUAAGCCUUGUGAAUAUUAAUAUUUUUAAGAAUCAUUGAGAGAAUGUGAGACAAAGAUUAUAAUACAAGUACUACUUUCAACUAACAGUUAGUCUGCUGUCAUAGGAUGUAAGGUAACAUGUCUGCCUUCAUAUAUUUAUUUUUACUUAUGCACAAGUUUCAUCAGAGCUCUAAAAUUUGUAGCUUAUGCAAUAAUUAUUUAUUUGUAUUUUUUUUCUCACUUUUAUAGAUUUGUUGAGGUUAAGGUUAAAUAGGUCUAUCCUUAAUAUUACUGGGGUAAGAUAGGUGAUAUUACAUAUACAGAGAAACUUUUUUUCUUUAAUAUGAAUUUCUUUGUAAAACAUGUGGAGAAGGAAAACUAUAAUAUACAUUUCAUCAAAUACUAGGUGUAUUUUACAUUAUGCUCCUGAUCUGUGAUAAACUAUAUUUAUUAUGAUGUAUUUGUAUGCCUUUAGACCAAAUUUUUAUACUGCUUGUAAAGGUGGCCAUCUACAUGACUAAUCUUAUAUUCUUUAAAAUAAAGUGCAAAGUAAAA